AUGGGUAACCAAAGUCAUGGACGCGCCGUCGAUCCCCUACCGGUUCUCUCUGUUCUCUUGGAACCAAGAAGCGUGGUAAUCACGACCGGAGAAUUCUACCUUUCCUAUCUACACGGCAUAAACGAAGUAUCAGAAGACGUGAUCAUCCAAGGAGAAGGAGAAGGAAAUCAGGCACCUCGAAUUAAGGUUUCCGAGACAUCUGUCGGAAUCGAUAAUUGGAAACUUGUGGAUGGGUGCACGUACAAGGAUGUUUUGCAGAGUGGUGGUAGCUUACAGCGGGAGACGAGGUACAGUUUGACUUGUCGAGAUGUGGUGAGAGUGUUUCGUGCCACUGGAGCUUUCCACUGA